GAUAAAUCCUCCGCUUUAUCAGAUGACUCGUAGGUUUUGCAAGCCCGCUCUCUGUCCAUCACCAGUUUCUCACCACGACUGGCAAAACGGAUGAUGGAUGAGUGACGGACGGAUGCCGAUGCGCAGUUCUUCUCUCUCCUGUGCAGCCUCUCUUUUUUUCUGGGCAAUUUUGGAAGAAAGUGACAUGGAAGCUCUACGACCGCCGACUGGCAGCAGCUCCGGCAGUCCGUCCAUCUGGCUUGUGGCGAUGGUCGUGGUUCUUUUCGUGACUCUGAUCGGGGGAACAGUGACAGUCACCUUGAUGGUGAUGGAGAUCCGGAGAGAGCUGGCCGAAAUCAACAUGACCCACCCGCACAACCACAGCAAGGUACAUCAAUCUUCCUCCAUCCUCACACCGAAAUUCGAACAAGUAAAGACCACCACCAUUUUGUGGGAACUGCACCCAGGGCAGAGUGGAGUGACCUACAAUGCGGACAAUGGAAAGAUACAGGUUGAGCAUAAUGGAACAUACUUGAUGUACCUGAACUUGGGAGUGCGCUGUAAUCCUCAUAGCUACUGCAGUAGGGCCACGUUGACUAUCAGGGUUAAGGACCAAACCAAGACACAGUUAACCUGCGAGGUGAAGCUUCCGGCAGGUGCGAAAACCGUGUGGGCAAACGAUUGCUUGUCCGUGGUGCCUCUGAGUGCCCAGCAACCCCUCAUGGCAGAGAUGAUUACGACUGUGGAAAAUGAGGAGUGGAAGCUGAUCCGGGAGCACAGCAAGCUGGGGCUCCUCCCGGUGGACAAGCUGGGGAAGUGAGGGUGCAGGUGCCCUCGUGGAUGUGCGGAGAACCGGAGCCCAGGGCCGGCAGGGCUCAAGCUGGAGCACCGAAAGAUCUGCAGAACCUCACAGAGCAGAGAUGGUGCGCCCUUUUGCACAGGAGCUAUGGACGGACACCAAGUCAGAGCCCGUUACUUCGACAGAGACGCAAGGCGCUUUCUUAGACACUUCGUGCCAAGAUGACACUGUGAUGUGGCACAAAUCACUAUGCCAACUAUCCCAGUUCAUUUCCUGCUUCCUGUACAUGCCUAGCACUACAGUGGCACUCUCAGGAUAGUAUUUUGUAACGUAUCCAGGGCUUGGGAUUUCAGGACAAGGAUAACUAGACAUUUUCCUGUUGAUCCAAGUACAUUUUACAUUUGACUGAUUAUUAUUAUUAUUAUUAUUAAUAUUAAUAUUAUUCUUAUUAUUGUUGUUGUUUUGUUAUUGUUGUUGUUGUUGUUUUGUUAUUGUUAUUAUUAUUGCUGUUGUUGUUGUUGUUGGUGAGUUUGUGUGUGUGCCCCGUGAUGGACUGGCAUCCUGUCCAUUAAACCAUUGAUGGAUGGGUCAUUAUCAUUAAGUAAUCGCUAUUGUUGUUUUACUCACUACUAUUUAGAAUAUGUUGUUAUUGUUAUUUUUUGUAUUAUUUAUAACCUGCGGCCUGUACUACGAAGCGGGGUUACUGGCUUAUCGGGGUACCUUGUCGGAUUUAUGGUACCGCAGUUUAAAUGGACAUUCGUUCACAUAUUCACAUAUUCGUUCACGUACGUUUUGCCCAGACCACCGCAAAUCCGACAAGUUACCCCGAUACGCCAGUAACCCCACUUCGUAGUACAUGCCACUGCACUUUGGUUUGUUACCUGACACCAUUGUUCGUUUUUUU